AUGAGGAGUUUCAGAGAAGCCGGUUAUUACAACAGAGAGUAGAUGGAGUCAAUGAUGAAUAACCCUCAGGAUGAUAUCACAGUUUUCCCUUGUCUGAAAGAUUUAGUGAAGGUUUUGUACGGAGGAAAAAGGUUUGGCAAUCGCGUGGAUGAAGUUUGGCCUAACUUGUUCAUUGGCGACAUGUCAGUGGCCAACGAUCGCUACAGUCUGUGGAAGCUGGGAAUCACUCAUGUUGUGAACGCAGCUCACGGGAGGAUGUACUGUCAGGGGAGCCAUGACUUCUACGGAUCCUCUGUGGAUUAUUAUGGAGUGCCUGCAGAUGACUCACCGUCCUUUGACCUCUCUCGCUAUUUCUUUCCCUCUGCUGAUUAUAUUCAGGAUGCACUCAACACGACUGGCGCUAGGGUUUUUGUCCACUGUGCAGUUGGAGUCAGCAGGUCUGCCUCCCUCGUCCUGGCCUACCUAAUGAUCCACCACCGCUACACCCUGCUAGAGGCCAUCAAUAAGGUCAAAGAGCGCAGGUGGAUUUUCCCGAACACAGGAUUCCUCAAACAGCUUCGUGCUUUGGAUGUAAAACUGCGUAAAACUAACACAGGAGGGAGAUAA